GCGGAGGGUUUUGUUUCCACCGGCGGCGGCGCGAGCGAGCUGAGCGUGUUGGGCCUUUUCGAGACGUCGCGGAGGAAGACAAAACGCUGCGAGUUACGGAGGGAAACGUGAAGUAACCAAGCAAACCAAAAAAUAAGAGAAGAAUAAUAAAAGAUAAGGCCGAGUAUCUUGGACUGAAAGAAAGAAUAAAUUUGGGCAGGGUACGGGCGUGGAACACGCACUUUGAGUUAUCGGCGGCUUGCACUUUUACACAUUUAUUUUAAUUGGUGCAGCACGAUUCGCGGCCGCCAGGGCCAAGAUGUCGGAUUUCGACGAGUUUGAACGGCAACUGAACGAGAACAAACAAGAGCGUGACAAAGAGAAUCGGCACAGACGUCGCAGUCCCUCUCGUAGCAGAAGCAGGGAAAAGAAAAGGAGGAGCAGAGAGAGGCGGAGUCGAGAAAGACGAAGUGGUUCCAAAGACAGAAGGAGGAGAAGUAGUCGUUCUCCUCACCGUGAUAAAAAGAAGAAAAUUCAAAAGUAUUGGGAUGUGCCUCCUCCAGGUUUUGAACACAUCACACCCAUGCAGUAUAAGGCUAUGCAGGCUGCUGGUCAGAUUCCAGCCACUGCUCUUCUUCCUACAAUGACUCCAGAUGGCUUAGCAGUAACUCCAACCCCUGUUCCUGUGGUGGGCAGUCAGAUGACAAGGCAAGCUAGGAGGCUGUAUGUGGGAAAUAUUCCAUUUGGAAUCACAGAGGAGGCCAUGAUGGAUUUCUUCAAUGCUCAAAUGCGAUUGGGAGGCUUGACCCAGGCACCAGGAAACCCAGUGUUGGCCGUGCAAAUUAACCAGGACAAAAAUUUUGCCUUCCUUGAGUUUCGUUCUGUUGAUGAAACUACCCAAGCUAUGGCAUUUGAUGGGAUCAUCUUCCAAGGUCAGUCACUCAAAAUAAGACGUCCUCAUGACUAUCAGCCUUUACCUGGGAUGAGUGAGAAUCCAUCUGUGUAUGUGCCAGGGGUUGUAUCGACUGUUGUGCCGGACUCUGCCCAUAAACUGUUUAUAGGAGGACUGCCUAAUUAUCUGAAUGAUGAUCAGGUGAAGGAACUUUUAACAUCAUUUGGUCCUCUGAAGGCCUUCAACUUGGUCAAAGACAGUGCCACUGGUCUUUCUAAGGGUUAUGCCUUCUGCGAGUAUGUUGAUGUCAAUGUCACAGAUCAGGCUCACUGUUCCCUCUCACAGGCGAUUGCGGGCCUUAACGGGAUGCAGCUUGGUGACAAGAAACUUCUUGUGCAACGGGCCAGCGUGGGAGCCAAGAAUGCAACUCUGACAAGCAUAAACCAGACGCCAGUGACUUUGCAGGUGCCGGGUCUUAUGUCAACACAAGUGGUUCAGAUGGGUGGCUUGCCCACAGAAAUACUUUGUCUUAUGAACAUGGUUGCACCAGAAGAACUUUUGGACGAUGACGAGUAUGAGGAGAUUGUAGAAGAUGUGCGGGAUGAAUGCAGUAAAUAUGGUGCAGUGAAGUCGAUUGAAAUCCCAAGGCCAGUUGAUGGGCUUGAGGUACCUGGAUGUGGAAAGAUCUUUGUAGAAUUUGUAUCUGUGUUUGAUUGCCAGAAGGCUAUGCAGGGGCUAACAGGGCGCAAGUUUGCAAACAGAGUUGUGGUGACCAAAUAUUGUGACCCUGAUGCCUAUCACCGUCGCGACUUCUGGUAAAGGGAGCCACAUGGAGUCGGUUUUGUGGAUAACAAAAGAGCAAAGUGAAUACAGUGGCAGAAGAGAAAGGGGAAGCGGGAGCACUGAAACAUUCUUCAAAGCCACCGUGUGCUGUUAACAUCGCUCAUCAGACACUUCUUUUUUUUUUUUUUUUUUUGUCUUUGUUUAGAGCAGUUGUGUUCUGUGUUGUGGGCUUUUCUUUUAAUGGCCAAAAAAAUGCCUACAAAAAGUUACUUGUACAUAAAUUGUUAGUAUCCUUAAGACAGACUGAUGUCUCAGCCACAAACCCCCAAAUUAUGCAAGUCCAGUGAGGUGGGGGUCGGGGGGGUUGAGGCAGAGGGAAUUUUUGGUUUUGAAAGUUGAUCUGACUUUGGGAUUUUUUGGAAGUAUUAAUACAUUUUUCCGAUAAAUGUUAAUUAUUCCCAAUGGUCUCUUUCCUUUUGGAAGGAGUACAGCACAGGGUGUUCCUGUAUGUCUGUCUUCAUUUGUUGAUUCAGAAAUGUCAGGUUUUUUUUGUUUUUGUUUUUAUUUAAACAAAAAAUUCUUAACAUUUAGCUCUCUAAACUAGUGCUUCAAUGUGUGUGUGUGUGUGCGCUAGUUCCCCCUUGACACUACCCACCCCCAACUCGCCCUAAAAAUAGUUAUUUUAAGAAGGCCAAGUUCCCCUCAUUGUAAGUGCUAUUUACUCGAAUCCAUCUGCUGGGCACUUGGCAAAUGGACUUUCUCUGCUUUAUUUGCUGAAUCAGCAAGACCGGCGGCACUCGAUUCAGUUAAUUGGGUAAUUUCAGCUCCGAUGUAGACUUUCUGUUCAUACGAGUUAGCCUGUGUUUUGUGAAGUGUGGGUCUGAUUGUCAUCCAAUGCACGUAGUCUGUGAUGAAGUUGAGGCUCCACCUUAAAAUGGACUGGACUUGCGGAAAUCUGUUGCAUUUGUCAAAAUAGCACAGGUAGAUCAGUGACGAUGACGAUGAUGAUGAUGAUGAUUUGUACAGAAUUUGCUUGGGCUCCAUUAUCUUCUAUCCAACUAUUAGAGAUCUCCUAUUUAAGCUGUGAAAGUGUCUUUAAGAGAGUGCCCUGUGCUGUACAAUUGACAUUUUAAAGCUGUGCAAAAAGAUAAAUGCUCAGUUGUUAAUUUUCUUUUUUUAAUCUUUCAAAUAAAACAAAAAACCAAAUACCC